AAUAUGAGUGGUUCAGAAAAGUUGAAAUUGCUAGUUAUCGGCAAGUCAAAAAACCCACGUUGUUUUAAGGGUAUAAAAUCACUUGAUGUGGACUAUGAGUACAACAAAAAAGCGUGGAUGACAAGUGAAAUUUAUGAUAAGUGGCUAAAAAAUCUAGAUAAAGUCUUUGUUGCCCAAAAUAGGAAAAUACUACUGUUCGUUGACAAUUGUCCCGCACAUCCUAAAAAUGUACAAGCAAAUUUAAAAAACAUUAAACUUCAAUAUUUUCCUCCUAAUUUGACGUCUGUUCUACAACCAAUGGACCAAGGGAUUAUUCAAAAUCUCAAGCAACAUUAUAGAAAAUGAAUUGUGAUGAAAGUUUUGGCCCAUAUGGAAGAACCAACUCCUACGACUGUGUCGUUACUUGAUGCAAUCAGGGAUCUAAACAAAACCUGGAAUUUGGGUGUAAAACCACAAACAAUCAGCAAUUGUUUUAGAAAGGCUGGUUUUGCUAAAGGUGAGUUAAUGCAAAAUGCUACUACGGAUGACUGGGAUGAAGAAGACGAUCUUCCAUUGUCUGAAUUGAAACAAAUUUGGACCACAUAUCGAACGGCAAUGGGAACCGAUAAUGUGUCUUUUGAUGAUUACGUCGAUAUUGACGAUGGUGUGCAAACAAUGGGAUUCCCAACAGAUGAAGACAUUUUAGAUAGCGUCAUGGAAAAUCUAGUUCCUUCUGGAAAAGACUUAGAGGAGGAAGUCUCUAGUGAAAGCGAGGUUGAAACAACAACUGAAACUAUACCCACAUUUAAUCAAGCGUAUUCUGCUAUCCAGACCCUAAGAAAUUUUACUUCGUCAAAAGAAAAUGUUCCAAAUGCAGUACAUGCGUCAAUAAAUGUAGUGGAACAUUUUAUAGAGAAAGAGAAAUGGUCCGUAUUUAAACAAAAAAAAAUUACCAUUUUUUUCCAAUAAGAAUUUAUA